ACUAUAUAACAAAUAGUUUGAGUUCAGGGAUGGCAAUGAUGUCUCACAAGCCAAGCCACGAACUUGUUCACUUCCUUGAGGAUAAAGCCAAUGAAAUCAGGAUCCUGUCCAUUGAAUGUACCAAUGCCAGCAAAUCAGGACAUCCCACGUCUUGUAUGUCCGCUGCAGAGAUCCUAUCUGUGCUGUUCUUCAACGAAAUGAGAUAUUCAAACGACUAUCCUAGACACCCCUCCAGUGACCGUUUCAUUCUAUCCAAGGGUCACGCUGCUCCAGGAUUGUAUUCAGCUUGGUGUGCUGCUGGUUUGUUUGACAAAGACAAGCUGAUGACUUUGAGGAAGAUUGACAGUGACCUGGAGGGUCACCCCACACCUAGGCUGAACUUCAUUGACGCCGCUACUGGGUCGCUAGGUCAGGGUCUUAGUGUAGGUGCAGGAAUGGCUUACGUUGGAAAAUACAUCGAGCACGCCAGCUACCGAACAUACUGUCUUAUUGGAGAUGGUGAAUCUGCUGAGGGUAGCAUCUGGGAGGCGCUCUCUUUCGCUUCUCACUACAAGCUGGAUAACUUGGUGGCUAUAUUCGAUAUUAACCGUCUGGGACAGAGCGAGGAAGCUCCGUUACAGCACAAUAUGGACACUUACAGGAAACGAGUGGAGGCGUUCGGGUUCCACACCAUGGUGGUUGACGGCCACUCUGUGGAGGAAAUCCUGAAGGCGCUGGCAGAAGCCCAGUCUGUGAAGAACAAGCCUUCAGCUCUGAUCUGUAAGACUUUCAAGGGACAGGGCUCAUCAGAUGUGGCAGACAAACUGGACUUCCACGGGAAAGCACUGAAUAACCUGUCAGAGAAGAUAUUUGGUGAAAUAAAGGCGCGCAUGCACGGUGCAGCUGAACAACCUCGACCUAAGAUAAAAGAUGACGCUCCUGAACUUGUGCAGAAACCGAUUGCUUUCAAGACACCCCUUGAAUACAAACUAGGAGCAUCGAUAGCAUCGAGAGUUGCAUACGGUGACGCUCUAGUGAAAUUGGGUGAGGCUUGUGACAGAAUAGUGGUGUUGGAUGCUGAUACAAAGAAUUCUACUUUUGCUCUGAAAUUCAAGAAUGUGUUCCCAGACAGAUUUAUCGAGUGUUUCAUCGCAGAACAGAACAUGGUUGGAGUCUCCCUGGGCUGUGGAGCUCGUAACAGGACCAUCCCCUUCUGCUCCACCUUCGCUACCUUCUUCACCCGGGCCAUGGACCAGAUCAGGAUGGCUGCUGUGUCCCAGUCUCAGCUCAACAUGGCUGGAUCUCAUUGCGGUGUGAGCAUUGGAGAGGAUGGUCCCAGUCAGAUGGCUCUCGAGGAUAUUGCUGCGUUCAGAGCUAUCCCUAACCUGGUUUACUUCUACCCAUCUGACGCAGUGUCAGCUUGCCGAGCUGUGGAGCUCGCUGCUAACUACAAGUACAUGACCUUUAUCAGGACAUCUCGCCCUGCCACAACUGUUAUCUACGCUAACGAUGAGGUGUUCGAGAUUGGUAAAGCUAAGAUUGUUAAAACGUCAGCGGAGGAUAAGGUACUGGUUAUUGGUGCUGGUAUUACGUUAGACUCGGCUAUGAAGGCCCACAGCUCCUUACUAGAGAAAGGAACCAGUGUGAGGGUGAUGGACCCCUUCACGAUAAAACCUCUUGACAAGGAGGCGGUACUGAAACACGCUAAGGAAUGCGGUGGUCGUGUUAUUACUGUGGAGGAUCACUACGCUGAGGGUGGUAUUGGGGAGGCUGUAGCUGGAGUACUCUCCAACGCAGACUUCAUCACAAAACACAAGAUCCUAGCCGUACGUGAAAUUCCUAGAUCUGGACCUUCCGCUGUACUUCUGGACAUGUUCGGUAUCUCCGCCAACAAAGUUGUUGACGCAGUAUUGGAUAUGGUUGAAUAGAGACUGCCUUUCUUUUAGUUUCAAGUCAUGUUUAGUUUUAGAUUGUUUUUACUCAUGACGGUUUUCCACUUUUCGGAAAGUUUAGUACUCUAGUUUUAUAGAUGUUUCUUUCAUUUAAAUUUCUGAUAGUUUUAUAGAGUUAUAACUUUAUAAAAGUUUUGACGAUUUCAAAUUUUCAUCCUCACUAAUUUAUUAACGACAUAAUAUGGUCUUUUUGCUUAACUUAUGAUGUUCAUUUUAAUAUUGCCACAUUUGCUAACAUUGCUCUAGCUGCUAAA